CCACACAACUUCACACCCUGUAGAAGUUCCAGUAUCACUCUUGGUUAGUGAGCCACCAUUGUCAUCAUGAAGCUGUUAAUGCUGCUCGCGCUCGCGGCCGCCAUGGUGGCGGUUCAGGCUUGCAAGGAAAAAAGUGCAUGCCACGAGCUGAUUCACGAUGUGAUGCAUAAAGAAAACAUGACGGAAAUCAUAGAGAGCUGUAUGGAGGCAAAUGGAAUCGUCGCCGAGCUAGAAGGUCCUGGACCUGGUCGACGAUCCGGUGGCCGCAAAGGGCGUAGGAGGGGAAAGAGAAGUCCUCGUAUGAUGCGGUUCAUUUCACGCCUUCCUGAAGAAGACCAGACAGCCCUAGCCGAGUGUAUCUUCGAGGAGGAAGGCCUUCUCACAGAUGAUGGUUUGUUCGAUGCGACGGCGUUCACAGAAGACUUGAUCGCUAAGUUAGGAGAAGCAGAGCAAACUGAGCAAGCAGAGGCUAUGUUGGCUGCCAUUGAGGACGGCGUUUGUGCAGUCGAGGAGAGCGAACCUAACUUGAAGGUGGUCUUCGAUUUCAUAUGGUGCCUCAAAGAGGAAUGUAAAGACGUAGCCGAACCAUCUGAAGAAGAAUAACAAUGAAUAUGGAAAGAGCAAAGCAACGGUUGCCGGAAAUCCUGUCUACGCUCCUUUCAAAUUGAUAAUUUUGAUCUUGUAAAUGCUGAAUCGAUUCAGAAUCUUUUGAAUCCAAAAUCUAAUCCAUUUUCUACAUCUCUUCCUAAUAAAUCCUUAGCAUUCA